AUGUCAAAUGUGCUCUUUUUAACGGAUGGUGUUGAAGUCUAUAGAUCAGAGAGGAACGAGUCAAAGACCCAGAUUUACAAUUUCAGCUACCAUCAUAAAUUGUUCUCCUUCCACUCUGGAGACUACUUUGCUCUUUCUGAUUGUAAUGGAUUUGCAUUGCCAGUUAGAGGUCCUGUGUAUGGUUGCGUAACAUGCCAGUUUUUCCAACAUAAAUUCUGUGCAGAGAUGCCAAGAGAAAUACAUCACCCAUAUCAUCCAUGGCAUCCCCUUCAUGCUGAAGCUGGUGAUCUAUUGAAGCAUAGGAGGGCCUGUCGUGCCUUGAUUCCCGAACUUUUUUCAAGAAUUAUGGGAAGUCUCGAUGCAAAGUUUGUGACUGAAUUUGCUGCGGCUCCUUUUAACUCUGUUGGGAGUGCAAAUGCUAUUUUCAUCUCGAAUGCAUUCCAUUACCUCGCAAUGUUGAGCAUGAAUGCCCCUUCCACCCCCUCACCCUUAUCAAAUCAUUUGUUGAAGAUGACUGUGGUGAAUAUUAUUGCGAUGCUUGUGAGAAACAAAGGGACCCUAACUAUCCUGUUUAUUACUGUGAGAAACCCUAACUUCCUUGUUUAUCACUGCGAGCAAUGCCCUGAUCGUAACCCAUAUGGUGCUUAUAUUGAAUGUGUGGUGUCAGAGAAAACUUCCUCAGGAAAAAGAACACCUGUAUCACCCUCAACAGUCACUCGUUGCUGGAGUUGGGUCUUUGAUAGAAGUUUUAAACAUGCUUCGCAUGUAAAUGGGACAUUCAAAGUAUUGGCUAUUUCUGUGAGGAAUGCGAUAUUUGCCUAG